AAGAUUGCUUGGGUUGUAAACCCAGUGAGGAGAACAAGGAGGAAAGUACUGGAGUCAGCUUACCGGUCUCCUAGCAACAGGCGAUGGCAGGUGGCGCAAAGAGGAGUUGACCAAGCUUUGUUGUUCCCAGAAAAUAUUUGAUCAUCCAUCAUGAUCCCAAGAAGUUCUUUGUCUCGCGACCCCGCCUCCCCUGAUGCAACCCAAAGCCUCCCCCAUCGGCCCCAAUCCCCGACAACCUUGACGACACAGGCGCAGUGCGACCUCGCCCAAGCCGAGGUGGAGCUCCGUCGGCUUCGGGAGCGCCACGCCACAGAGACGGACUCCGUGAAGCGGGGUGUUGAGCGGGCUAUCCUGGGAGCACGCAGAGAGGAGCGCCGCCUCCUGGAGCGUGUGGAGCAGGACCAUCGUGACAUCCAGCAGCACCUGGAGCAGGUAUUGAGGGAAAACGUAGCAGCCGCCAGAGUCAGCCAGUCCCUGCUGGACCAAAGGCUUGAAAAACUGGUCCUCCUUCAGCAGCGAAUUCAGGAAGGGUCUCAAAACCAAAGUCCCUUGCCGAACGAAGUUGCAGAGUUUCUCCAACCCUGGGAAGUCUCUGUUUCUCUAAAGAAAGUGUCCUUCAAGCCCAGCUCCCAACCAAAUGCUGUCACAUUUGGCGACAUCCGAGUGCAGGACCAGAGUAUUUUUCUGCAUGCCGGAGGUUGCGGUCUGCAUGGAAAGCCUUGUGCUCUCCAUUCUCAGGAGACGCAAUCUGCAGAGAGCAGUCAGCAAUUUCUUGGAGAAGACAGAUGCUUGAAGGAACAGGGCUGGACCUCUGCAACAGGCAGGGUGGUGAAAAAAAUGUACCUGUCUUCUUGGCGUGACACAGAAACCAAAGAGGAGUCAAUUACCUCCUUGUCAACUACCCAUAAAUGGCCUCUAAAGUCAGAACAGUUGUGUAGAUUAAAAUCCCCCACAGAUCUGAAGAUGAAAACUGAAUCAUGUGGAAUAGAUGUCCCAAGUGCCCUCAGGCCUGAAAACCGAGAAUAUGAGUGGUCAAUAGGCAGCAAUAGAGAACUCCUUACUCCCAAGGAUAGAAGGACACCGCCUGUGUCCUCACCAGAUGGAAGUCACUCUGUGAGUUUAGAUAACCAGGGUGCAGCCAAAGGAAAAGAUGCUCAAGGCAGUGGACUUUCAAAGGCUGCAAAUAGAUCUCUGUCAUGUCCCAGGAGUGGCCAGAAGGAUCCUCCAGUCAGCCACAGUUGCCGGGACCUCGCCCCCAAAGGACGCCCUCACUCAGGCCUCAGCCAGUCCUCGGACGAGCACUCCCUCGGGACACUUUGCGAUUCCGGCAGAGCCCCUUCACCAGCCGACAGCCUGGACUCCAGCUACACCUUUGUGGUCAGCCCUUCUCGUGACUGCUGUGUGAACAGAAGCUCUUUGAGCUACAACGACCGCUUAUCCAAGUCUGCGGUGGACUUGACUCAGAGGACACGCCCCCUGAUCAGCACUGGGAAGACUGAGCAUGUGCAGGCGUGGACAGUCAAUCACAAGGACUUCAGUUCAUCUUCGCCGCCUCUUAGUGGGGAUCUCAGUAUGUUUGACAGAGAACAGGCGCUAUCAUAUCAGGUCCCAACUAGCAAGUCAACUCAGCUGUUAGUAGCCAGGUCUCUGUCCAUGUCUGUCUUAGAUGUUUCCUCACAUGAGCCCAAGGGUCUGGCUCUGGUGGGAGUAAAGGAGGAAGGAGAGACGUCCGGGUUCAAUUCAAGGGAAGGAAUUCCAAUCCACCAGUUUGGGAAGCAAGGGUCCGGUCGGGCGGACCUCACCUUGCCAAGUGGUAUCUACUGCACACCACAUGGGCAGCUUUUCAUCGUCGACUGUGGGAAUGCUCGUGUUCAGGUAACAGACCAUCAGGGCAACAUUCUCCAGCAAAUUACCUCCCCGAAUUCUGAGGGCCUGGCCAGGCGAUGCAGGAACUUCUUUGAUGUAGCAGUCAACUCCAAGGGCCUGAUUGCACUGAGCUGUGCGGCGCAGCGUGCGCUGCUGGUGUUCAACCGACAUGGUCGGCUCCUUCAGACUUUUGGAGGUUCAGGAUUAGGCACUGCAAAGGAUGAUCUGGAGGCUCCCAGGGGUGUGACGGUGACACGGCUGGAUGAGUUCUUGAUAGCGGAUAUCCGUAAAGGUACCCUGAUUGCAUUAAAACUAGACCAUAAAACCGGUUCUCGUUUGGAGCGCACCGUUGUGACCGGAUUUAAUCGGCCUUACUUGGUGGCAGCUUGCGUCAGCUCCGGGAUGAUGGCCGUGUCUGAGCGAGGCACAGAAACAGGUCGUGUGCCCUGCAUCAAAGUCCUGGAGCCAGGCUGGAGCACAGUACGGGUUCUGGGGGUGUGUUCGGCCAUGGGGCCCGUCCUGAUUUCCCCCUGGGGAGUUUUUAUCGACUCCGAGGGCAACGUACUGGUGGCCGACUGGGGUGAGACCCACAGGGUCCUGGUGUACCCAACACACGGAAUGGGGUGGCCAUUAGUAACCCGGGGUUUGAGUACUCCACGUGGCAUAACCCUGCUGCCAGGGGGCCAUCUCGCUGUGUGUGACAGUAUGAACCACUGCGUGAAGAUCUACACUACAGGGCAAACCAACACUAAACACUGACAUAUUUUUAAUCAUUAAAUAUACGUGUGAAUCAUUCGUUUACUACAUUCAGUCAAAACUGCUGUUUUCUUACUGACCAAUUCCAAUUUCAUAUUUUUGAGUUUAGACCUGGGUGUUUUUGAGUCCCUUUAAAGUUAUAUCUGAUUAAUAAUCCAAUUAGAUUUGUAUUAUUUAUGCCGAGGACCAGCAAAAAAGUAGUUUGGACACCUCUGUGGAACAGGAAUAUGAUUGUAAUCAGAUUAUUCAUCAAUUACUUAAUUGCAAGUUUUUAAAAAGUAUUUAACUAAAUUUUUUAACCUUAUUCAGUUUUUCACGCAUUAAUGUUCCUCCUGUGUGUUUGAUUAAAACUUUAUUAACAUUCAAGAAAUUAGUAACAUUGUUCUUUAAGAUCAGAAUCAGCUGUGGUUUAAAUUCACUUUUUGUAAAAAAAAAAAAAAUUUGAAAUCGUUCAGAUGUGGUUUGGUUCUUUGUAAAAGUUCUGGCUCAGAUGUAGCGUGUUGUACUGCCCUGAUCCAAUAUUCAUGUCUGAUACCAGUCCGAUAUUCAUGUCUGAUACCAUCUCCACAAUCAGUGCUCCGAUACAAGCCGUCGUGUUGACCUGUGCAAACCUGACAGCCAGUUAACUUUUCAAUUUCCUCCAAUAAAUUCACGAGGGAGGGAAGAGUGGGUCGUGAGAUCGACAGUCGGAUUGGUGCGGUGUCUUCAGUAAUGUAGACGCUGUAUCGAUCCGUUGUCGUGAAGGAGGAGUUGAGCCGGAAGUCAAAGCUCUCAAUCUACUGGUCGAUCUACGUUCCCAUCCUCACCUAUGGUCAUGAUCUUUGGGUUAUGACUGAAAGGACAAGAUCCCGGGUAGAAGAGUUUCCUCCGCCGGGUGGCGGGAAUCUCCCUUGGAGAUAGGGUGAGAAGAUAUGUCGUUCGGGAGGAGAUCAAAGUAAAGCUGCUGCUCCACAUGGAGAGGAAGGCAGAUGAGGUGGCUUAGGCUCCAUGGGGAGGUGUUUAGAGCAGCUCCGACUGGUCAGAGGCCACGGAGAAGACCCAGGACACGUUGGGUGGACUAUGUCUCCUGGCUGGCUUGGGAACUCCUCGGUAUCCCCCGGGAGGAGCUGGACAAGGUGACUGGGGAAAGGGAAGUUUGGGCUUCUCUACUUAGGCUGCUGCCCCCGCGACCUCACCUCGGAUAAGCUGAGGAAGAUGACUGGAUGGAUGGAUUUCCUCCAGUAAGUAAAAAUGUAUUGUAUUUUAGUCGUCAGUUGCAAAAGGUAAACAUGGUACGCUAUGGAACACAAGGCCACCUUCUCAGUGGGUCCGCCCUGAGAUCGGGAGGUUGUGAGUUCAAACCCUGGCCGAGUGAUACCAAAGACUAUAAAAAUGGGACCCAUUAACUCCCUGCUUGACACUCAGCAUCAAGGGUUGGAAUUGGGGGUUAAAUCACCAAAAAUUACUCCUGGGCGCGGCAGCGCUGCUGCCCACUGCUCCCCUCACCUCCCAGUUUAGAAAAUGCAGAGAAUAAUUUUGCCACAUCUAGUUUGUGUGUGACAAUCAUUGUUACUUUAACUUUUAACUUAUAGCUGUUGUGUAGCUGCUGGCUCCUAAUAGCCAACAGCUACACGACAGCUAAUCACACAAUAGCAAACAAGCUAGACAUACGUAAUAGUGUCC